AUGUUUCAGGUCAUUGGUCUUGCAUCCCGGGCCUCUCGAACACAGGCAAUGUUCCGUUCUCUCCGCUUCAACUCCUCCAACACACAAAUGAACUGGGUGGACUUUUUCAAGUUGAGAACCGAAUCAAAGAGAAUCAACGUUGCGGCAUCGUCGCUCACGAGUUUGAUGGGUGCGUUUGCUACGUUAGCAUAUUUGGGAAACGUCGAGAUCGAUGUCGAACAGCCUAUUUUCGGAAUUGAUCCAUUCAUGGUUCUUGGAGCACUGGUGGUCGUGGGUGGUGUGGCUGGAUACUUGGUUGGCCCCUCGUUUGGCGUGAGAGUGUUCAACAUGAAAAACAGCAAGGUGUUGCCUGCGUUCAAGGCCAAGGACCAGAUCUUUUUGCAGAGAAUCAAGCGGAACCGCGUGGACCCCUCGUCGCAGUCGUUUUCCAACCCCGUUCCAGAUUACUAUGGCGAGAGAAUCAACUCGUUGAGUAAGUACAAGCAGUGGUUGCGGGACUGCAAUGCAUUCAGAAGAAAGACAGAGGAGUUCCUCUAG